AGCCCCAGAUACCGGUGCACUGUGUAGCUCUCUCACUGUGAGUCAGAUAGGGAAGGAAAAAAGUAUAUUUGAGUGUGUGUGUCUGUGUGUUGAAGGAAAAAUCUUAAAAAAAAACACGCGGCAUGAGUUCAAGGACAAAUAUGUGUCUUCAUGUCUAGAUAAAAAAAAUGAAAUUAUUUCUUGGGCAAUUUGAGUCCCAUGUGAGUGCGCGUCAGUGAGAGUGUGUGUAUAUGUGUGUGUGUGUGUGUGUGUGUAAGAGACAGUGUGUGAUACAGAGAAGCCAAAAUAGCGAGGAAAAUCUUUUUUUGUCACUUUCCAGUGGAACUGGCGAUUGCAACAGACCAAGGGAGCAACAUUUUGACUGGGAUCUUGCAGUUAAGUUUUCAAAGAGAAGAGAAGGUUGACAGAAACUUUUUUUUGCUUUGGAAAUCAAUUGGGCAUCUUUUCUGUCUUUUUUGGGGGGCAGAAUCUCCUUUUCCUCCUCUCCCCCCUCUUGGAUUCAGGCUACAGCAGAGAUUUCUUUUCCAUCUACAACCUUCGUCCCAAUAGAAGUGAGAGAAGUAAGGGGAAAAGGAGAGAGAGAGAGAGUGGAGGAUAGGGAGAGAGAGAGAAAAACAGCAAUGACGAGAGACACCUGACUCGAACUGCAUCCUGAUUUGAAGAGUGAACACGUGCUUUUGAAGAAGAGAGAGAAAAAAAAUCUGUCACCCAGGCAAAAAUCCUUCCCAUAUGAUCAGUUCAGUUUGCGUGUCGUCUUUUCGUGGGAGAAAGUCGGGGAAUAAACCUCCUUCCAAGUCAUGUUUGAAAGCAGAGAUGGGCAAGAACGAGGAAAGCGACAAGAUUAUCAUCAAUGUUGGAGGCAUCAGGCAUGAGACUUACAGAAGCACCUUGAAGACUUUGCCAGGGACCAGACUGUCUUGGCUGACAGAGCCGGACGCUUUUAGCAACUUUGACUAUAAUCCCAAGACAGACGAGUUCUUUUUUGAUCGCCACCCCUCGGUGUUUGCCUAUGUGCUGAACUACUACAGGACGGGCAAGCUGCACUGCCCGGCGGAUGUGUGUGGCCCCCUGUUUGAGGAAGAGUUAGCCUUUUGGGGGAUCGAUGAGACGGACGUGGAGGCGUGUUGCUGGAUGAAUUACAGACAGCACCGAGACGCGGAGGAAGCGCUGGACAGCUUCGAGACUCCGGAGCCUGACGACGAGGAAGACGGAGACCUCAAGAGACUGUGCCUGCAGGAGGACUCGAGCAGGAAGCUGGGCUGGUGGAAGAAACUCCAGCCCAAGGUCUGGGCUCUGUUCGAGGACCCAUACUCAUCCAAAGCGGCACGGUACGUGGCGUUUGCAUCAUUGUUCUUCAUUUUGAUAUCUAUCACUACUUUUUGCCUUGAGACCCAUGAAGCGUUCAACCACCAGGUGAACAGAACAGAGACGAUCACCACUGGGAACGUCACCAAUGUGGUGGAGGAUGUGGAGAUUGAGACUGAGGCCUUCCUCACCUACGUGGAGGGCAUGUGUGUCAUCUGGUUCACCUUCGAGUUCCUGAUGCGCAUCAUGUUCUGCCCGGACAAGAAGGAGUUCAUCAAGAACACCCUCAACAUCAUUGACUUUGUGGCCAUCCUUCCUUUCUACCUGGAGGUUGGCCUGAGCGGACUCUCGUCCAAGGCCGCCAAGGAUGUCCUGGGCUUCCUGCGCGUUGUCCGCUUUGUCCGAAUACUCCGCAUCUUCAAGCUUACCCGUCACUUCAUUGGCCUGAGGGUCCUGGGCCACACGCUGAGGGCAAGCACAAAUGAGUUCCUCCUGCUCAUCAUCUUCCUCGCUCUCGGGGUCCUGAUCUUCGCCACUAUGAUCUACUAUGCGGAGAGGAUAGGGGCUGACCCCGAAGACAUAACGGGUAGCAAACACACCAGCUUCAAGAACAUCCCCAUUGGCUUCUGGUGGGCAGUGGUCACCAUGACCACCCUGGGCUACGGGGAUAUGUAUCCGGAGACCUGGUCGGGGAUGUUGGUGGGAGCUCUCUGUGCUUUGGCUGGUGUGUUGACCAUCGCUAUGCCUGUCCCCGUUAUUGUCAAUAACUUUGGCAUGUACUAUUCCUUGGCUAUGGCCAAGCAGAAGUUACCAAAGAAGAAGAACAAACACAUCCCCCGAGCUCCUCAGCCAGGGUCUCCAAAUUACUGCAAGCCUGACAUCAAGUCCCCCCAGCGGAGUGUCCAGGGUGAUUCCUGCCCUCUAGCUCAGGAGGAGAUCAUUGAAAUAAACAGGGCAGAUCCAAAGCAAAAUGGGGACGCUGCUAAUGCUGCUUUGGCCAAUGAGGAUUGUCCGACCAUUGACCAGGCCCUGUCACCGGAGGAGAACCAGCCUGUGACACCCGGAGGGAGGGAGAAAUAUGCCCGGGACAGAGCCUGCUUCCUGCUGACCACCGGUGACUUUGAACAUUCUCCCGACGGAAGUAUCCGCAAAGGUUAUGAAAAGUCGAGGAGCCUAAACAACAUAUCUGGCAUGAGUGGGAAUGCACUACGACUGUGUCCUGUCACCUCGCCAUUCAACUCGCCUUGCCCAUUGAGGCGACCUCAAUCACCCAUUCCAUCCAUUCUGUAGCAUCGAUACAAAAGAGUGGGAAAUAUUUUUUUAGAGAAAUAUAUCUGUGUGUGUGUAUGUAUCUAUAUCUAUAUAGAUAUAUAUAUGGAUAUAUUUAUAUAUAUAUAUAUAUCUAGGACUAUUAAAAAUCAUUUAAAAAGAGUACAAAAAACACAAGAGACCAUUGCUUAAACAAUAGGCUGCAUAUACCAAAUGACUGUUGAAGAAUCUGCUUUCUACUGACCAGUGGUAAAUUAAAGUGUUCAAUUUGUGCCACGUUGUUGGCUUAUUCAAGGACCAGCCCCAUUAACCCAAGGGCAUCCAGGUGGAAUGUUUCUAUAUUUUAAUUGAGUAGAUUAUCUCCACCACCCAUCUCCCACAAAACAUUCAGAAAGUCAGAAAUGAGAAGGAAAGAAAGAUUGACUUCUUCAUGGAAUGGAGGGAAGAUGCAGAUUUUUCCAGGACCACUUGCGUGACUCUUAAUUUAAAACAGAAGUGUACACUCAGGAUAUAUGGGCCAUACAGACAGGAAAAAGGGCCCCACUUCUACACACACACACACGUGUAUACACACACUUGCGCACACACAUGCAGACACACACACAUGCACACAUACACUCGCGAGCCCAUGCACAUGCAAACACACACAUACAUGUACACACUUUCUCACACAUUCUCUCUUCCUCACACACACAAGGUCUUGUGAUUCAGACUGGAGCUGGGAUCUCAGUUCCCUCUCGUCCUCCCACCCUGCCCCUUCUUCCUCUCACAUUUUAAUGCAUGGAAUUCCAUUGCAAGCAAUAAGCAAAUGAGAAACGUUUGCCUUGGUGCAUGUUGAACAAUUUAAAGAAAAAUUGGAAAAAAAUGUUUCCUUUUUGAAAAAAAAAGAAACGAAAGGUUCUGUCUGAAGUGGAGUGUUCAGCCUCGACUGCUGCAUGUUUGUUAUGCAAGAGCGAGGUUGUGGUCAAAGCUGUCCCUUAGCCAUUUUUUGCUCUCUUCUCUACUCACAGAUAAUUAUAAGGACAGUCCAGUGAUUUCUAGAUACAUGCAACUGGAGGCCGUCACGGUCAACUAGUGACUCCCAUCCCUUCUCUACUGCAACACUUCUUCCCCACCUCCAACUCCUUUGUUUCCCUUCCAUCUUCUUGCUAUCCCACCCCAGCUCUCUUCCUGCACUUUCCACACUCUCUGCUACUUUUCUGCCACCCGUUCCUCCUUCAACCGUUCCUCUCUGCCUCCCCUUAUUCCGACAUACCGUUGCCCUCCCCCCUUCUUCCCCUGCUUUGUUCGUGUUCUCUUCCCUUCCUUCUCCCUUGUCCAUCGCCUCCUUCCUCCCACCACCCGUCACCUCGUUCCUGCUGGUCUUGUUCGCUCUCACUUCGCUUUUAAGCAGGGAACCUUUUCUUAAAAAAAAAUCAAAACAAAAAGAUGCCCCCCCCUCCGAAAAAAAGCCCCCACAAAAAAAUCCUUACUUGCUGACGACGACACGGAAGAAGCAAAUAAACGAGGACAAAACAUCGAAGAACACGGAAUUCUGUUGUAAAGAAGAUCCAACGCAGGAGCGAAGACAUAUCAAAGUGCGACAAUGUGGUAGAUUGGGGACGAAACCACUGGUCAGGAAUCUUGAAACCGGAGGGAAAAGAGAAAGCUGUACGGGGGGAAAUCGAAAAAAAAAAUCCAUAUAUAUUUAAAAGGUGCAUUUUUCUCUCUGCCUCAGCAUGACUUUGCAUGACAUACUGUAAGGAUUAUAUUUAAUGUCAUAUGCAAAAAAAUUAUAUUUUCCUUCCAGAUUGCAAAACUCAAUGAAAAAUGUGAAAAAAACAAAAAAAUUAAUCUAUCCUAUAAAACAGUAUUAUUGAAAGGACGCAGCACUUUUUUCUAUUUUUUAAUCAGAAUUAAUAUUAAAAGGCUUGUAUAUAAGAAAGAUAUUAUUGUUAGGUCAUAUUGACCGUUUUCUCCCCCUGUUUUACUCUCUCACUUUGUCUGUCUUGCUUUGUUCCUGUCUCUCUGGCACGUUAAUUAAGUAAAUGGAGAGAUAUAAACGAUAUGUUAAGUGUUACGUUGCAGAUCCCAGUGAUGUCUGGCUUUGGAACCCACGGUUUCGCUUCGUCCCAAGAGCUUGCAACUGGACACACUUCCGGUGGGAUCCUUGCUUCUUCUCCCGAGCAGUCAGUGAGGUUUCAGUCCAAAACACGUGGAAAAUCAAAUGGAGUGCUCAGAAGGGAUGGGGCUGGAGAUAUGACGAUCUGAGCUAUGCCCACGAGAGCUCCUGCCACUGGGUUGACCACUGCUCACGAAGACAGGAGCUUCCCAAAGAAUUAAUCUCCAUUAGAUUGCCCUGGGCAUUAGGACUGAAUACACUCCAUUCCUCCAUUGGUUCCAGAAUGCUAAGGGAACCAGGAGUCCUGUUGCAUCCCCUGUGCUGUUGGCUCUGAAUAGCUGGGCAAAGCUGUGUUUUAUUGAAGAAGCUUUACUGACUGCUGAUGGCUAAAUGCUAUUUGGGUUGGAUUGAGGACCCUUCAACUGUCCAUAAACAUGGCGACAACUUUGCUGAGUAAUGCUGGCUCAUUCUUUGAGGGAUCAGAACUGUCAGAUCUAUCUCAGGUCAAUAACUUGGCAUUUCCUCUCUAUCCUCAAGUCCUCAUUUUGCUAACUUAUAACCUUUGACACUAAUAUUCAAAGCAUAAAAAGCUGCAGAAUGUCAUAAGUGAAAUAAAAUGCCCUGUGCUGUACAGUGCAAUAAGCCUCCAUCACUGUGCUGUUACUCAGCUAUGCCUCUAUAAGCUCAAUCCAACAGGAUUCUGUAGACAUACACUGUGCAGUGUAAUAAUUGAGGCUCCCCAGUCACUGGAGCACUAAGUGGUUAACUCAGUCUUUGUAGCCAUCAGAGUGAGAAUUCAGAAAGAGAGUUGUCUUCCUCUCACUGGGGGUAGUAGGGAAAGUGACAGUUGUGAGUACAGUGCUAUUUAAGUUGACAGACUCAGGAGUGCAUUUAUUCCCCUUCCUCUCCUCACGCUGUCUGUUGUGAAGGCCCUUUAAUCCCCAGAAUGGACAAAACCCUCCCUCAAACAUUUCUCUUUCUGUGCCAAUAUCCAAUCAAUGGAAGAACUACUUUCAGGGAAAUGGAGUGCCUUUCAAUUGAACUGUUUCAAUCCUUUGACCCUGUGGAAUUGCACGGGCUUAAGAAAUGGAAGGGUCAGAUGAUCAGGCAGUGUUGUGUUUGGGACAGGCAGGGAUGUGGCAGCGGGAACACAUCACUGUCUGUUUGAAUCAUCACCAUGCUCAUAUUUUCACUGUAAAUUUGGUGACAGUAAAACAGGAUCUUGAACUGAACCAAUAUGUGCCUACCUUGCAGGCAAACGCAGACACACACUCACACAUGUGCCCCAUGGAUACGCACACACAAGCACAUAUGUGCUAAUGCACACAGACACAAAUCAUGUGUCUUUGUUUAAAAAGACAGAUUCCCAUUCCAAUCUAUAAACACGAACAGGACCAGAAAGUCUGUUCCACCCUCUUGUUUCAAUUCCUUUUUGGGAUCGAUUUAUAUCAUGUGGGGAGUCACAGCAGGACAAAGUUUGACACAGUCUAUGGCAUUUAUUUUAAGAUAAGCAUUAAUAUAUAUUUAUAUAAUGGAUCAUAGAGGUUUCAAAUCCAAACUCCUAACCAGAUUGUCCUUUCUAAUUUGAUUUGAUGUGAUUGGCUGUGAGGAGUUGCUGUGUUCUUUGGUGGGCUAGAGAGGUUUGAGAGGAGAAUGUUUCCAUGGGAAAGCUUUGGAGAUGCAGACACUGAUAGUUUUAAUGUCCACACCCUACUCUUCCCAGUGUCCGAUCUCUAGCCUCUUCCUUCUCGAGACUCAUUUCUCCAUCUACAGUUCAACAAACAUACUUUGUUAGGAUUCAAAACUGCAGAACACCUUAACUCUCCCCAUCUUCACUCUUUCCUACCAUCUCCCAGUUCCUGAUGCCAAAACUUGGCAUCGCCCAGUUGCUGUCUUCCAUUGUUUUAACUAUUGUUUAACAUCUUCAUGUUGCUCUGUACUCUAUGUCCUUGUGUUUUCAGUUUUUAAAAAAAAUUCAAUCAGCACAAGCCUGUGGGAACUCCAUCCUGUGUCUUCUAAAGCCAAUAAAUGGUAGAUUAAUCCAACCAUUUACUACAGUUCCAAAGUACAACCAAGUGGUUAACAUAAAAAGAUAGAUGAAAUCUUGGAACGUUUGAGUGGGAGAGUUUUCCUGGUCUAAAUAGAUAAGUAAAGGACUUCCAGUGGUAUAUUGUACAUAUGAUUAAGCAAGCAAUGGUCCUAAGAGGUUAAAAUGGCAAAUUUUAGCUCCCAAUGGGCUAAAGGUGGAUGCAGUAUUUAACUUCUGCCAACAGAUGCCACCAGCUCAUUGGAAACAGGAUGGAUUAUAGCAAGCAUGCUAGGGUUAGAAAUGAAUUGCUUUCUCUUGAAUCCAUGUUGAUUCUCUGAAAGCCUGGAUCUGGGAAUUGGAACAGAUAUCUGGUAGACCUAAUUAUUCCAACACCCUCCCUCCAAAAACCUUCACACAUAUCCAUUAAUGAUUGGGGCUGAUAGCUUGGUUUUGAUUCUUUUCAUCACAUGUCUGGGACCUUUCAGCACCAGUUCAUUAAAUUCAUUCUUUGAGUCUCAAAUGCAACUUGGAUUCAAGCUUCUCUACCCUUUUGUAUUAGGAGGAGAGUUUACAAUAACAGUUACAGGUGUUCCCUUGUGUUUUAUUCAGCUCAAUGCAGAGUUAUCACUUCAGCACAAGUCCCAGCAGGAUAACUGUCCCAGGUUGUUACCAUCGUUGAAAGAUUUAUUGUCUUUUCGUAUGUGUCACCUUACAGUACCAUUUUGUUGAUCCUGUCUUCAAAACUCCCCAAUACCUUACUAACAGAAAUCGUACAAUCCCGAAAGUGCUAUCUGCUCCUUCAGUUACCUGCCUUCCGCUUUUUCGCCAUUGUGGGCCAUUCCUGCCCUCACAAUACUGAUGCCUUUCUGGCUUUUUUCCCCCACUUGAUUCCCUUGUGAUUUGGCCUUCUGUUCAGACACUUUCUAAAGAUACUUGAGCAUGGCCUUUCCUUCACACUGCCUCCCCUCCCCACCCCCUUGCUGCUCUAUAGGGUCAUCACUCAAGCCUGCUAAGGUGGUUCCCUUCCCCCCCCACCCCACAUUGAGGUGUACACUGUCCUAAAAACACGGGAGAACUUAGGAUGAAGAGAGAUAGUGAAAGUCCUCCACUCUGGAAAGAUAAAGACGCUGUGCAAAUACUCUCCAGGUUCAUGAAUUUGACUGACCAUUUGCUGCCAACAUAACCUUGCACAUUGUUAACUCUGGUUAAAUGAACCUGGCAGUUCUGAAUUAUUGAGCAUUGAGAAACAUCACCAGCAAAGGAUCUGCAGUAACACUCAACUAGUUUGGCCUUGCUGAAUUAUGCUCUGAAAUAUUUAUGCAUUUUUGAAUCUUUUUGAACCUUUUUGAAUGUUUCUUUCCUUUGAGCAUGCCUGUGGUCAGUCAGACCCACCCUCCCCCUUAAACCUAUGAGAUUGAAAGAAAAAGAAAUUACUCAGUUUAAUUGUCUGAAAGUCUUUCUGUUCUUUGCCCUGAAGCUUUCUUGCGAUGGAUGUUGAAAACAUUGUAGAUGUCUGAGGAGAUGCUGGGCACUAGGGGCACCAGGUCUGUCAUUGAUUGGGUCACUGAUGCGAGUUGGUAACCCAGCCUUGGUGAAUGUGGAUGCAGUCCUCUGGGCAGUGGAGAGGUUGCUAAUGGACUUUGGUGAGAACUCGAGGGUAAAGUGGCCAGAACUCUGAUAUUGCCACCAGCGUUCUGGCUGAAUAGUGUGAUGGAAAUCCAAAGCCAUUUUUAGGUUCAUGAUGAAUGACCAUUUAAACCCCACCCCCCUCGUCUCUCCCUCCCCCGAUUUCUUAUUCUAUGGAGUCACUGUCAUAGGGAAGAAGUCAAUGAUGUUGGGCUUGGGCCUGUGCAGUAAACAAAUGGGAGCCCCUCUGUAAGGUGCUGAGCUGACAUGACAGGGCUGGCAGAGACAAGGGGGCAUCUUAAUGGCCUGGUCACAAGGACGAUAACUAUCAGUAGGGCUGGGAAGACAGAGGAGGGGAAAGGGCAAAAGUUAGGUGGGAAAGCUGGUGGACAGGAGGUGGGGUAAGUUGGGGGUUUGGGUCGGUGAAGUUUCACAUCAAACUUAAACCAACAGAUUGCAAAGGUGACCCAAGGCACCCUGAGUUGUGCCAUGUUUCGGUAACCCAAGACCAUGUCGAUACUUAAACACAGUGCAGCUCUGUCAUUAAAAAUGGAUGCCAAUGAUAUUCUUUGGGCCGUUGAUGCCAUUCUGUGAUGUGGCUCAGACACAAAGGGGACAGCUGAGAAGGUUCUGAGAAAUUUUCGUGAGGACAUCAGUAGGGGUUGGGGUAGGCGGAGAGGGUUGGGGGUGUGGUUUUGGAGCUGAGGGUUGGAGGGCAGACAGGAGCGGGCUCUCAGUUACACGUCUGGAAUGUCAGAGGACGAGUUACUAGAAACGGCAAUUUUUUAGUGGGUUAGUGAAACUGAGAGGGCAAACCAUUGUCUUUCAGCGAGUUUCACAAAGUAUCUGAUGUGUGAUGGAGUGGGGGCAGUCUUACCCGCAUGUGGACUCCCCUCCCCCCACUUACCCCCCCUGUG